CUCGGCUGCUAAGUGACGUCUAUCACAAAAUUAUUUUGGGAUGAACUGAAGGGACGAGAAUCUUUGUUUUUAAAAAUUAAGUUAGAUUCGCGCGCGGAUUAUGUACAUGACAGAUUUUUUUCCUGUAUUAUAUAUAUUGUGUUAGCAGACUGAGAAAAAAAUGCCUCCCGAAGAAUGCUUUGAUAAAUUAGAGCAACUAAUAUUGGAUGAAAAUGAAUUAGUUACCUAUAAAAUGCUAAGUAAAGAAUUAAAGAUACAUGUAAAUGAAGCGAAAAAAUUCUUGUCUGAAUUUUUCACAGCACAGAGCUCAAAAGGAGAAAUGAAAUUAUUUGCUCAUUAUUUCCUCUCUGGAUUUAUUGUAAAGGAUGGAUUUCGUUGUAAAAAAAUAAUUAUUGUAUCUGAAGAAAAACUUGAACAAAUUAAAAAAGAAUUUGAUGAAGUAGAUUGCAUUCACAUUUAUUCUGUUAAUAAAGGAGGAAGUAGAGAUGAUUCUUCAAUUUUUAAUUCUCAGAGUUGGUGUAAGAAAUGGGCUGAAGAGCAUCGAGAAUACUCUGCAAUAAAACAUACUAAUAUAAAAAUUCAGGCGCCUGCUCUAACAAAAACAGAAGUUAAGAAAAAUGAUGCCAAAGUUGUUUCGUCAAAGCUCCAACCGGUGAAAACGAAAAUGGAAAGUGUACCAUCAAUAUUUCAAAGUAACAAAAAUGAAGUAAAAAGUAACUCAGUCUCUUCAAAUAGGGAAAAUUCAUCUAGUGAGGUUGCUAAUGCUUCUGAAAAUAUGGCUAUUGAAUCGAAGUCUUCAAAUAGUGCAAAAUCAAAUCCUGAGUCUAAAGAUCCUAAAAAGAGUACCUUAUCAUCAUUGUGGCAAAAAUUGGAAGAUAAAACUAAAAAUGGGAAGAGUGAAAAUUCUAAGUUAGAUUCAAAAGGCAAGAAUAAGAUGCAGAGUUCUUCAAAAACUGUUGGAAAAAACAAUAUAAUGUCUAUGUUUUCAAAGCAAGCAGAAAGGAAUGCAGCCAAUCCUAUUAAAAAACUGCCUGAUGCUAUUCCAACCUUGGAGAAAACUAACAACAAUAAUGUGCCUUCCAACGUAGAAAAAGAGUUUGAAAAACUUGCUGUCGUGAAGAAUAAAUCCAAAUCCAAAACUUCUCAACGAAAGACUAAACGAUCAUCAAAACCAGUUAGUGAUAAUGAUUCUGAGGAAGAUGUGAAACCAAAGAAAAAGAAGCAUCGCAGAAUAUGUACAAUGGAUGACUCAGAUUCCGAAAGUGAAAAUGAAGAAGAGCAAGACAGAGCUCAGCGUUUAAUGACUGCGACAGAUAAUGACGAUGUACCUAUGGCUUUAAGUGAUAGUGAGGAACCAAUACCACCCACACCCCCAGUUUUGCCCAAUAAAGGGAGAGCGAAGGUUUGGAAAUCUGUGCAAAAAACUUACCAAGAUGAAGAUGGCUUUUUAGUUGCAAAGCAAGAAAAAGUACUUGUAUCUGGAUCAGAUAGUGAUGAGGAUCCUUUACCAAAAAAGAAGAGCGUUAGUAAAGAAGAACCUAAGCAAAACACCUUUUCGUACCGAAAGCAAGCUUCAUUAACAAGUUUCUUUAAGCAACAAUGAAAAAAGAUCUGUUCCUUAAAUAUUUCUGAGAAAGAAAAACAGAAUAGUGCAUUUAAAUUUUCAGCAUAACUAUUUUAUUUAAUGUUUAUGUUACUGAUCAUUUAUAUGUCUCCUGCUGAUCUCGAAUGCAUGAAUUCAUUAUAUUAAUCCUUUUAUCUGUCAUUAAUCUAUAGUCUUAUAUUAUGAUGUUUUCUGAAAAUUUGUUUCUGCUUUUAUGUGGAAUUGUUGUUCAGUGGCUGUACCAUAAAUAAAAAUAAUAUUUUUAAAAUGUA